AUGUACCCACCUCCACCUACCUACCCAGGACACGUAUACGAGCAGGAGGAUGCCUACCGUGCCAGUACCGUACAUGGGCAUGAAGUCGGUGGUAUGCACGUGUUCGUCGACAAUUGUGCCACUGCUUCGUACGAGCACGAGCACACCGCACGACUCGUCGCCACUGCCGGCGGUGUUCUUGUGACCGAUGACUCGCCGUCUGCUGGACCGUGCCCCGGGCCAGGCCAGGCCUUUGACGCUGUUGAGAAUCUUCCGGCGUGGUUGGUGGUACCCGCACUCCCCAGCCACGGGUGCAUGAAGAAGGUGGCCAUCGCUGAGCUCUCAGGCUCCUGA